AUGUUUCAACUAGUGUUAAGCAAAUUACAGAACGCUUUCAAUAAUUUGAUAACAUGUAAAGUAAACCGAAAACUUUAUAUUUGUAAUAGGAUGUGCGACGUGCAUGAAGAUUCAAUUAUAUGCGAAUCAGAUGAUGAUUUAUUGAAUACGAAAAAAUGUGUGCCUACUCUGACGCAAAUUCGAGAACAAUUAGGAGGAAAACUUAGUGACGUAUUCUUCGAAAGCUUAACUGAUGAAGCAAAAGCAUGGUUGGGACUUAGUCCUCCGUUAAAAGGCACUGAUGAAUUAUGGAUAAGUCCAGAUUCAAGAUUGGAAAAAAAUGUUGUAAAAACCUCAAUACCUGAACCUUCUGUUUCUCACUUAUUAGCUUUUACUCAUGAAUCAAUUUUAGAAAUCGGGGAAAUGUGCAUUAAAAAAUUGGAAAAUAAGCACAGAAAUCAAAUGGAUGCUGCUCUCAAAAGACAAGCUGCACAAUUAGAAGAGGAAUGUAAGCUUAGAUUAAACGACAGCGGUUACAAAUGUGGUGAGGGAACGGCGCAAUUACAUAAUGUUGUCUUGACAUUAAUGAAGCAUUUCGAUAAAUGUUUCGACGAAUUAGUAGAAACGAUUCAACUUAAUGUGAGAAAAGAGUGCGAAUUGAAAGUAGAUCAAGAAAGAGCAGAAAUUGCUGCUUAUAUGCUGACCCAGUUACAAGAAGAAGUUGAAAAUCGAGAUUAUACUCUUUGCAAUGAUUUUCACGACAUUUUAUUAAACGAAUUAAAUCUUUUAACUUCGAAAUAUGUUAAACAAAUAGACGAAGAACGAUUAUUGGCCACGGAAUUAUUAAAAGGAACCAUAGAAAAAUAUGAAAAAAUGUUAGUAGAUAUGAAAACACAAAUGGAGUUGUGCUCAAUAGUCGAUGUAUGUCGUGCCAUUGGUUUAGAACGGAUUGAAUGCAAUCAAAGAAUAAAAAGAUUACAAAAUGAAAAUAGAAAUAGUUUUGAAGAACUCAAAAAUAUAAAUAAUAAAUUAAAAGCUGAAAAUUUUACUUUGCGACAAAUGUCAAUCGAAAAAGUCAAAAGGUUAAUUGAGUGGCGACAAAAAGUUCAAGUUUUACUUAAAGAAUAUCAAAGAUUUAUAAAUUAUGCUUUAAAAGCAGUACCUGGUCAAGCAGAGUUUUUACUUUCCGUUGAAAAAUUAAUGUUUAAAGAAUUUCCAGAAGACAAUUAUUUAGAUUUUAAAAAUUGCAUGAAAAAUAAAAAAAUGGAAGAAUUUCAAGCCGAUGAUUUACCUUUAGUCGAAGAACCAUCUGAAAAAUCAGAAACAUCAUGUACCGGUGAAACCGUGUCGUACGAAGAAGUUUGUUGCCCCGAUUACGACAUGUAUCAAGACAAUAAGGAAUGCGAUUUAAAUUUUGAUUAUAAUCAAUAUAAAGCAAUGAUGAUUAAACGUUUUGCAUCCGAUCUUAAAGCGACAAAGAAAAAAAAAUCUAAAAAAUCUGUUUGUUUACUCAAAGAAAGAUCCGAAGAGGUUUCGAUAGAUAAAUCGAACGAAUGGUACAAAGCUUUGACACUAAUUGGAGAAACAGAAAAAGGACAUCAGGCUUCCGUCAGUUGCUUUUUGAGAAAAAGAAAGAAAGCCCUGUUGAAAAUUUGCAACGAUGAUCCAGAAUUUGCAAAAAUCAUGCUCGGUUGUCCACUCAAUUGA